AUGGAGUAUCUUAAAGCCACCACUACUUUGCUCAUUACUGGAGCCAUCUCGUACUUUACCUAUGAGUAAAUCAGAUUAAACAAAGAGAAGAAAGAUAGUGAAGUAGUUUGCGAGAGAGUGUUCUAGGAACAAGUUAUUGAUGCUUUCCCUGUUGUGAAACUUAAAUAUCAAAAGUAUAAAUCGAUGAGAGAUGAGGGCAAGCAAGUAAAGAAUUCUACUGAGUUGAGAGAAAAGUUGUUUUAGCAAAUAACUGUAGAUCUAGUUGAUGAAUUGUGUUCAAGACACAAAAUCACUUCCUAGAGAUAUAAUGAAUGGUACAAUGACGCAAAGAAUGAGUAAGCAAAGAACUUCUCUUCAAGAUUGGAAGAAGCUGCACUUGAAUUGCAAAAUCUUGAUGAAUCACCAAAGGCUAUCGAGUAUGAUAUUAAAGAGUAACUAAAGAGAAAGGAAGUAGCGUCAUUGGCUUUUAGAGUAUUUUGUGACUUUUAAAAGUAUAGAGUCUAAGAUGUUUUAGUGCAUAGUCUAGACUAUUUGAAAUCGCAGACUGAUAAAUACACAUUGUUACACCAAAUAAUAGAUGAUGAGAAGUAGUGGGGUGAGGUAUUCAAGGCUAUGAAUAUUGAACUUAAUGAGGGAGAGUCAGCUCAACUGGAGUUCAGAAAAGCAUACUAUAAAUUCAAAUUUGAUAGAUCAUGGAACAGUGAAAUUCAAAAGAUUGAAAAUGAACAUUACACAAUAAUGGGUGCACUUAUUGAAUUCACAAAAGAGAUUGCUGGAUAGAAAAGAUUUAGUGUUAAUCCACUUGGAUUAUCUCUUAGUUCAACUGAAUAUCAAGUUUAACUCUUUGAGCUCCCAAUGAUUGCAGAUCUCAGUGAAGAGCUAUAGCACAUGCUCUAGCAGAGCUUUAGAAUAAAAUUCGGCAGGAAAGCUACCUCUAUUGAAAUUAAGCAUCAAAGACUAUUGGAUCAGAUUUAAGCAAUCGUUAAUAGAAAUACUUACAAAAACAUUAACAGUAAUAAUGUCACACCUAGUGCUGGGGGCCAGAGUGUUAAUAGUGGAAGUAAUACUAAUAAAAAUUUAAGAAAUUUACUUGGACAAUCAAUCGUAAGCAGAGUUAGGGGUACUGAGUAAAGCUCGGAUAUUAAUCAAAGCUUUUCUGGUACAACAAACACAAGAAGAAGAGCUAGAUAGAAUGCCAAGCAAAAUCUUGAUGAGUCUUAAGCUCUAGAUCAGAGUGUAAAUCAAUCCUAGAGUGAUAUACUUGACUAAAGCAAAGUUGAUAUUUCAUAGAUUGAAGCUGAGCAAUGA